CGUCUCUUGGCUGCCUCCUGAGAACCCGAAUGGAGAUCUAACCGGUUACACUUUCUACAUGGGCAUUGUCGAUGACGGAAAAGAGGAAGGUACACACAAGAAAAUAUUGAGUUCGACGGCAGAAUCACAUGAGACGAUUCGGCUGCAAGAGGAAGCCACGUAUCAGUUUCUGGGUGACCGCUUCGACCAGCGUAGGCGAGGGAGAGAGCACACAAGUAGUCACCAUCACUCCUACCAAUAAAGUUCCGGCCAGGAUAACAUCAUUUAGCCAGCGAAUUCUUACACCAUGGAAGAGGAACAUCAGUCUUCUAUGUAGAAAAGUGGGAUCGCCAACUCCAAAUUUGGUCUGGAAACUCCACAACAAAACUAUUCAAUCUAACGGAAGGCAUGAGAUAUCAAAAGAUGGAACUCUACACAUACGGGAUAUCCAGCAUAGCGAUAGAGGAAAUUAUACCUGUGAAGUGGAAAAUCAACAUGGAAAGGAUGGAAUUGUCUACAAUAUAAAUGUCAGAGUUCCUCCUGAGCCGCCUGUUCUUACGGUUGUGAGUACGGAUACAGACAGUCUUCAUCUCAAAUGGACUGAUAAGAUACAGAAUGAUAUUCCAAUUCUAGGUUAUGUGAUAAAUUAUAAGCGAGAUCACGGUGACUGGGAAGAGCUUCAGAUUGAGGCAAAAGUUGAUACGUAUGUUUUGCGCAACUUAUGGUGUGGCACCCGCUAUCAGCUCUACAUCACGGCAUUCAACAAAAUCGGCACCGGUCUUCCCUGUGACAUUGUCAACACCUUCACCAAAGGAACAGCUCCGGUGAAACCAAAGGCCAGUCAGAUGUUGACGGUGAACUCAACUGCGGUGACGGUUUGGUUGGACGCUUGGGGCGACGGUGGCUGCCUCAUCCUCUACUUCAUCGUGGAGUACAGAGAGGAAGCUCGCGGCGAGUGGACACUCGUGUCCAAUCACGUGCAACCCAACCAGCGAGUGCACACCAUUGGUGACCUGGCCUCCGCCACCAGAUACCUCCUCAAGGUCACCGCCCACAACAACGCCGGGUCCAGCAUUGCCAACUACAACUUCACCACGUUGACGCCAGAGGGCGCAACUAUAAUACCUGAUCUGCUAUCGCCAGCAUCACCUAACUCUGACCAGUCUAUCAUAUCUAGGUUCAAAUUCUUCAUGUUCAUCUCACUACUAGUUUGUAUCUCAUCUAUUGUCGGGACCAGUAUCCUGUUCUACAGAAGAAAACGUAAAAUGCUGCGACAAGGCGUGAUAGCUGAAUCAGCUUCAGUGGCUCAAAUGCAGAACCAAAGGAACCGGGAUCAACAAUAUGCCGUUCACGGCAGUGGCCAGUCACAGGCUUUGAGUAUAGAUUCUAUCACUUACAAAACUGACUCAACAGAGUACAUAGAAGACAUCUGCCCGUAUGCUACAUUUCAGCUCUCAAAAACGCCUUAUAGUGAGAGUUCAUACAGCGGCAAUGUAUACAGUGGACCCUACCAUUCGGUGAGAGGCUCCUUCGUUUAUCACGAUCCAAAGCCGUCUACUGCCGACACCUACAAAGCUAGACACCAUAAAGAACCAGAAUAUACCAAAGUAAGAAGAAAAGGAGGCAGACUCCGAGACCCGCAUUCAGAAAGUCAAGAGUCUGAUAACUUGGGCAGCACCGACUCUGAAGUGAAGAAGAUCCUGACACUUCACUUGCCGAUUUCGGAGUACGACACACUGGGCAGCGACAGCGAGGGGGAGGGAGGUCACGGCCAGGGUGUGGGGGGUGCCACUAGUCAGGAGCUUGUCUCCUUCAGGCAUCGCAUCGGCAGAGAUGUGGGUAAAGGAGGCGGAGGAGGGGAGGAGUCUAGCUCGUCGUCAGAACUGUCGCCGGGCGGAGCGCGCAAGCAGUUCCCCAGAAAGAGUAAGAGCAAAGGCCAAAGCAUCGCCAAGCGCCCCGUUAAGAGUAGCAGCGGCUACUCUAGUCAUACCGAAGAAACGACAUUCAGUUUCAGUGACCGGAUCCACCCUCCUUCGAGGUUCUCAGACUCGCGGUCACAUUCGCGGGAGCUGAGCGAGGCCGAGUGUGACCUCGGCACUGGCGUGCGACGGUCCUCACGCAGCAGCAUCGGAACUCCCUCCUCCAGGAUGACGCGAGAAACCUCUUUCCAAAUCGACGUUUAAUUGUUGUGCCUUGUUUAUCACAGCCCCCCCCCUCACCUCUAUCAAGACUGUGUUUUGCAAUACGUGUUGUUUGUUAUCCUAUCAGUUGAUUGUCACUAAUUAUUUCCCCUCAAUGCAUCCUUGAACACUGGAAAUAUUUGUUCAUUCAUGUAAACCAUCUUUAGAAUUGAGGCAUUACCAUAAUGCAAUAUCCAAUCGUAGGCGCACACAGAUCGUCAUCGGACGGACGUCACGGAUCGGACAAUUAGAUUUGAUGUAUUGUUUUCAAUUAGAGUGCGCAUACCUAUCCACAUCGUAUAGGCACGGUAUGCGCACUCCAAUUGAAAACA